AUGUCGUGUACGUGUACUCCCCCGGCCCAGUUCGUCACAUCUCCCCUCGGGCCUCGCCGCCUCGCCGCCUCGCACCUUUUACUGAAGGUUUGACCUCACCUGCCCCUCCUCUCCUCUCUCCGCCCCCUGCUCCUCCGAGUGACCGUACGCCGUAGCUCGACCCGGCCGAUCCCCGAAACCCUAGACGCGCCGCUGGUCGCCGGAGGCCGGGCCAUGGACGUCGGCGCGGAGCUGCGCGAGGCCCACCGCCUGACGGGCCACGCCGACCGCGUGUGGGCGCUCGCUUGGAACCCCGCCCCGGGCCCCGGCUCCAGCCCCGUUCUCGCCUCCUGCAGCGGCGACAAGACCGUCCGGAUCUGGAAGCGCGCCCCUGACGGCGCCUGGCAGUGCUCGGAUGUGCUGGAAGACACGCACAACCGCACGGUGAGGUCCUGCGCCUGGUCCCCCAACGGGAAGCUGCUCGCCACCGCGAGCUUCGACGCCACCACGGCAGUGUGGGAGUACAACGGCGCCGACUUUGAGUGCGUCGCCACGCUGGAGGGGCACGACAACGAGGUGAAGAGCGUGUCAUGGAGCCCGUCUGGGUCACUGCUCGCCACAUGCAGCCGGGACAAGAUGGUGUGGAUAUGGGAGGUGCUGCCAGGGAACGAGUUCGAGUGUGUCUCGGUGCUGCCGGGCCACACGCAGGACGUCAAGAUGGUGCAGUGGCACCCAAUUCUUGACAUUUUGGUCUCCGUCAGCUAUGAUAAUUCCAUCAGGGUCUGGGCUGGUGAUGGAGACGAUGAGUGGCACUGUGUGCAGACACUAACUGAAGCCAAUAACUGUGGUCAUUCAUCAACAGUAUGGGCAUUAUCCUUUAACCUUAAAGGUGACAGGAUGGUCACAUGCAGUGAUGACCAAACGUUGAAAAUAUGGGACACAAGUGCUGAUUUGUCUCAACCAAAAACUGGCGAAGGUCAUGACUCUUGGCAACACCUUUCUACUCUCACAGGAUAUCAUGGACGGACUAUUUUUUCAGCCCAUUGGUCAAGCGAGGAUAUUAUAGCUAGUGGUGCGGGCGAUGAUGCAAUCUGCUUUUUUACUGAGGAGAAGGGUAGCAUGGUUGAAAAGCCCUCAUACAGAUUAAUAUUAAAGAAAGAGAAGGCACAUGUCAUGGACAUAAACUGUGUGCGAUGGUGUCCUCAGGACCCAAGGUUAUUGGCAUCUGCGAGCGACGACGGCACGGUGAAAUUGUGGGAACUGAGAGGGAAUGUGCUUGAUUGAGUUCUGUUGUAAUCACUGUAGCGUGCGUUGAGAUAAUAGAGCAGAUUAGGUAUCACCUUUGGAUUUCUGUUCUACUGAGCUCGGCUCUCUGUAGUUCAUACUUGUAUAUCGAGAGGGUAUUUUAUGAUGGUCUUUUACAAGAUUUACCGUGCAAACUAUGAACCGUGCCAUCCUCUCAGAGACAUGGUAUUGAUCGUGUAUACAUUAUGGAAGGGACAGCCGAACAUGUCCAACCAUUUUUUAAAGUUCAAUUCAUGUACAAUGAUGAGUGAUGAAUAAUGAAUAAAGAUUUGCAGCUUCUUGUAUGCGGAAU